AUGGAAUCAACUGCUUUAAAUGGGAGAAUGACUAGAUGGCAAAUUCUACUCUCUGAAUUUGACAUAGUAUAUGUAAGUCAGAAGGCUAUAAAAGGGAGUGCCAUAGCUGAUUUUCUAGCCAGCAAAGCCCUGGAGGACUAUGACCCUUUGAACUUUGAUUUUCCAAAUGAAGACUUAUUUUACGUAGAAAACACUGAAGAAAACCCUCGAAUAGACCACAUCUGGAAGUUAAAUUUCGAUGGAGCUUCAAACGCUAUAGGUAACGAAAUUGGGGCAGUCUUGGUUUCCCUAAAUGGAGAUCAUUAUCCUGUUGCUAGCAAAUUGGACUUUGAUUGCACACAUAACAUGGUAGAAUAUGAAGCAUGUAUUAUGGGUAUUCGUGCGGCCAUUGAACGUAAAAUCAAGGUACUUAAAGUGUAUGGAGAUUCCGCGUUGGUGAUAUACCAACUCAAAGGAGAGUGGGAAACCAGAGACCCUAAAUUGAUCAAUUAUAAAGAACUGGUUCUUGAAUUGAUUGACAAGUUUGAUGACAUCACCUUCAGUUAUCUCCUACGAGAGGAAAACCAAAUGGUUGAUGCAUUGGCUACUCUAGCUUCGAUGAUUCAGGUGAACAGGCUUGAAGUAAUAAAGCCUAUUCAGAUGAGUAUCUAUGAAACCCCAGCCUAUUCUUCCGACGCAAAGGGACUUUAG